CAUACCUUCCAUGGCUACCCAUGGCCGCCGGCAGACUCUGCCAGCGCACUUUCUCCGCCUUCAAGCCAUCCAACCGACUGUGGGCACCAGCAUCUUCGAGAUGUGCACCGAACCAAGUGACACAGCAGCUUGCUCUCACAUCCCGCUUUUCUCUCAUAACACAGAACUUGGACGCCUUCUCCUCACGUCCCGUCGCACGAGCCAACCUACUCCUCGGUGGUAUCCUCGAGGAAUCCAAACGUCCUGACAUUAUCUUUCUCCAAGAAGUCACGUCCGACGUCCGCACCUCUAUCCUGAGCAAUCCGAAAGUUCGCGAAGCCUUCCUGGUGACGGAUGCCGAGGACCAAACGUCGUUCGAGGGAGUACCCUUUGCGAAUAUGACGUUGCUGUCUAGCAAGCGCUUUGCCUUCGACUUGGAGUUGCAGAAGGAGGAGGAUGGGGUCGAGGGAGGGGAGAAGUUCAUGCUUGGUCCCGUUUCCCGCGUCAAACUCCCCAGCAAGUAUGGGAGGUGUGCGCUUUCCGUGGACAUUAUCCCCCCAUCCACCCCAACCACAACCUGUCGUCUCGUCAACGUUCAUCUCGAUUCUCUUUGGGACACGCUCCCUUACCGUACCGAGCAGAUGGAGAUCCUUGCCAACCUCCUGCGCGAGCCUGGAUGCGGUGGUGGACUGAUCGCGGGAGACUUCAACGCCAUCAGCCCCGAGGACCAUGCUCUCCUCGACAAGAACGGACUGGUGGAUGCGUGGGUCGCGUUGCAUGGAAAGAAAGGGCUUGACGGAGCUACGUGGGGAGUGGGGGUAAAACGACAUGACGGACUGGGACCUGGAAGGUUGGACAAGAUUGCAAUGUCGGGCUUAGACGCGAAGGACAUGGAGAUUCUGCGCCCUGGUCUGAGCGAGGUGCCCAAGCCCGGCGAGGAUUCCGACUAUAUCCCUUGCAGUGACCAUUACGGGCUGAGACUUAGCUUUACCGUCUGAGUACUAUCGAAUAUGUUUGGACUAGCACUCUCGACGACCAUUCAAGAAUAGGAAUAAAAAAUUUGUCUGCGUUAUCCGUCACGUUCUUCAACCUACUGCUCAGCAUCAAUCGCCUGUUGUCCAAUCUCCCGAUUUCUGAGAGUAGAUUCGCACACUCCUUUGCCAUGAGCUUCAUGGUGUCCUUACGUUCAUUAGGACUAUAGUUAUCGGAGUCCAAAGCGGGAUUCGGUGUCUUGUGGAGGA